UUCCUUAAUCUCUUCACCUUUCCCCUCCCCCACAAUUCACAAUCCUUCCCGCCAUCUCAUCACCAGAAACUGACGCCAUGGCUCCAAACCAUCACCGUCACUCAAGAAGCUCCGCCGUCUUUUUUCCGAUCGACCACCUUAACCACUAUUAUUAUCCAUUGAUUCAACCUCUCAUCGUACCGUCGGAUUUUCGUACAUUUCUAAUUUCAGAGUUUAAACAUUCCUCUACCCAGCUCAAAUUCAAGCUCAUCUAAACCUCGGCUUUUGUUUAUCUGUUUGUUUGGUGAGAAAUGGCCAAUUUGAAGAGCUUUGGCGCUUGCUUGAGAGAGUCUACGUUCCAGUUUCCGCGUCCCAGUCGCACCGAUAACUACAAGAGGAGGAUAAAUGUAAAAUGGAGAUCCCCGCAAGCAGCAGUGAUACCUAAUUUCCAUCUCCCUAUGCGCAGUCUCGAGGUUAAAAAUAGGACAUCAGCAGAAGAUAUAAAAGCUCUUCGACUGAUAACAGCCAUCAAAACCCCGUAUCUACCUGAUGGAAGGUUUGAUCUUGAAGCAUACGAUGACUUGGUGAAUAUGCAGAUUGAAAAUGGUGCUGAAGGGGUAAUUGUUGGUGGCACAACCGGUGAGGGUCAGCUGAUGAGCUGGGAUGAACACAUAAUGCUUAUUGGCCAUACUGUCAACUGUUUUGGUGGAUCGGUUAAGGUGAUUGGCAACACAGGAAGCAACUCAACCAGGGAAGCAAUUCAUGCCACUGAACAAGGUUUUGCUGUUGGGAUGCAUGCUGCUCUUCACAUCAAUCCUUACUAUGGAAAAACCUCUCUGGAAGGUUUGGUUUCUCACUUUGAUAGCGUUCUGCCAAUGGGGCCUACCAUCAUAUACAAUGUGCCAUCACGAACCGGCCAAGAUAUUCCUCCACGUGUCAUCAACACUGUAGCACAGAGUCCUAACUUGGCUGGUAUCAAGGAGUGUGUUGGAAAUGACCGCAUUGGACAAUAUACAGGUAAUGGUAUUGUAGUGUGGAGUGGGAAUGACGAUCAGUGCCAUGAUGCUAGGUGGAGCCAUGGGGCUACUGGGGUAAUUUCUGUUACAAGCAAUAUGAUUCCUGGCUUGAUGCGUGAGCUCAUGUUCGGUGGUAAAAACCCUUCACUUAACGCAAAGCUCUUACCUCUGAUUGAGUGGCUCUUCCAGGAGCCUAACCCCAUUGGCCUUAACACAGCCCUUGCCCAAUUGGGGGUCAUGAGGCCAGUUUUCAGGUUACCGUAUGUACCUCUUCCACUGGCAAAGAGGGUGGAAUUUGUUAAUCUGGUCAAGGAAAUUGGGCGGGAGAACUUUGUUGGAGAAAAGGACGUUAAGGUGCUUGAUGACGAUGAUUUUGUCUUAGUUGGGCGAUAUUAGUUUCUUUUGUCAAUGUUCAGGACUCGCAGCUAGUGUCUUGAUUUUGACUCUGCAAUUUUAGAUUUUCGUUUAUAGAAUGACAGGUAAAGUCCACCCGUUUGUUUAUUAAAAAAGAAACAUAUGGUACUGGUGAUGCCUAUGGAUAUUUGAAUAUUUGCUUGUUUAGACUGAUUUUCCUUGUACUUCGUCAUGGACGUUCUUUGGUUUCCACGGAAAGGUGUUCGUUCUUCUGUGUU